AUAAAGAAGUUAACUUCAAUAUUUUGUUUACUCAAUGGCAAAUAUUGAAGUAGCAGAACAAAAGAGAUGGGAAGGCACAACCAAAUCCAAAAUAAAUGGGGUCAGUAAGGAUCGUGUAUGGCCUUUCCUAGCGGACUUCUUCAAUUGGCAAACAAUAUUUCUCGCCAUAGAGAGUUCUGUAGGAGUCGAGGGAAUUUCAGGAGAGAUAGUCUGUGUGAGGAAAGUGGUCCUCAAACCUGAAGCAAGCCUUGGCUGGGAGGGUAAAUAUAGUAGAUGGGGUUUUGAAAAACUUGUGGAAAUAGAUCAUAUUCGCAAAUGGAUGAGGUAUGAGGUUCUUGAUAAUACAUUUGGGUGUAAUAAUUAUGAGGCUACAAUAACUCUUUUACCUCUAGAAGGGAAUUCCGAAGGUUCUGAACUUGUUUGGUCGUUUUCACUUGAUCCGGUAGAAGAUGGAAGGUCACUAGAUACUAUGAUUGCUGCUUAUAAAGCAAACCUUGAAUCUGUUUCUGCUCGUGUGGAGCAAUUGUUUGGGAUUGAAGAAAAUAAGUAAAAAAUUUGUGGAUUGAAGAAUAAAAAAUAAGUAAAUGUUGUGAUGUCUCACAAUCUUACAUUAAUUAUUAUGCAUAAUUAAUAUAUGUUUUAUGGAUGUUUACUCUAUUGAUGAAAUAAUGGACAAAUGCAUUAUUCUCU